AGCUGUGUAUUUGAUAUGUGAGAAGGUGACAUGAUGAGACAUGGCUCUGAAGAGUAAUGGGGAACUGCUUGCUCAGAAACAGAUGUCCCUCCUCUCGUAAUCAGCCUGAAGAAGCUAAGAAUCAGCCUGUGAAGAGCGAGUUGCCAGUAUGGUCCGCCGAGCGGUCCAUCACAACGGAGCAGCUGAUGCGCAAACGGGCCGAGUUUUGGGACACCUCACCGGCUUAUGAAGGCCGCAAAGUACGACCGGAGAUUUGGGAUGCACUGAAAGCAGCAGCUGAAGCACUUGAGACUGGAAACAGGGACCUGGCGCAGGCUAUAUUAGACGGUGCUAGUAUUACCCUUCCUUCAGGUUUCUUGUCAGAUUGUUAUGAUGAGUUAGGAUGCAGAUAUGUGUUGCCACCCUACGUACUGUCACGUCCCACAAACAUAGUCACCUCCAAACCAGAACCUAGCAACGAACCUGUCAUCCCAGCUAGCCCGGUUACCAUGGCUCCUGACAUGUACCUAAAAAUAAGAUUGUCCAUAGGAGACGCUGUUUCUGAUGAGAAACUGCCCGUAAACUCGCUCGAGCGCAUAGCAGACGUUAAGGAGCGCCUCCGACAAAACCACGCUCUGGGUAAAAGCAGGAUUAGGAUGAUCUGCUGCGGUAAAAUCCUAAAUGAUAAGACUGCGAUUAAAGAUGCUAAGAUUCCUAAGAGUUUCAUAGUCCAAGUGAUUGUAUCCACUGACUUAGAGUGAGGGACUUACUUUGUUGCAUUGGUUACCAUUCUUUAUGAGACAUUGUUGAGAGAAAGAUGGAGAGAAAGAGCUGAGUUUGAAACUUUGCUGAUUUGAAAACUGUAAUUUUUAUUGUGGAUUUGAAUGAAUUCAAGAUUAAAUGUGUCCAAUCAGUGCACUAUUUUUCUAAGAGAGAUCGGGUUAAUUCCUGAGGUCAGACCUUUGAAGAGAAGCGGAUAUUUUCCAAGGAAAUUUCGAUAAUGUUAAUGUAAAUGCUAUCAUGUCAUUAUUUUAUGAAAUUGUGUCCUCUCGAAAGUUGGGCCAGAAAAUUGUUAUAACUGUAUCUAUAUGUGGCAGAAAAAUUUAUAACUUAAUGUAAAUGUCAUAAAAUUAGGGACGGGAAUCUUUUAUAUAUGUAUUUAGGAAUUCAAAUAAUUGUGAUUUGAUUUUAUCUUGAUAAUUGGCAUUUAUUUCCUUUCACGGUUGGAUUCCCAUUUAAGUUACCAAGAAGAAUUAAUCAACAAAAUUGCAAAUUGCAAAAACAGCUGUAAAUAGUGAAUUAUGUCACCCGACAGCUGAUUCAAAAUAAACGACUUUAAUCUCGAAAAUAUCAUGGGAAUCUUGCCUACUGGUUAAAAAGUAGACUUAACUCCUUUCAUAAAAUGCGAGACAGAAAAUUAAUGAAGCUAGUCUACCAGUUUACCUAGAUUAUUAAGCCUAUAUAAGAAGCCAAGAGGCAGAAACGAUUUAAGAGGCAUUUAACAACUUUUUGUAAAGACACAGAACAUAUAUUUUUACACGGAGUAGUUUUAACAGUUCCGCGAUAACAUUAAAACUUCCCCUUGAUAUGAUAAUUUGAUUCGAACUUCUCGCUCGUAGAUGGAACUUUUUUUUCCGAUCUAAAGCAAUUGAGGUGCCCACUUGUACAAAGUGUGUCGGAAAAUUGUGUUUCUGAAUUGUUUAAAAAAUUGCUUCUAUAAUAUGGUCAAUUA